AAGGAGGCGGGGCUUCUGCCUAUCUUCUCCCCCCUCUGCCGCCGCCGUCGCCCAGGGUUCUUCUGGGAUUUGACGGGGACGCGGACGACCGGUGCCUUUCCCCAUUAAAAAGCUCAUGGCAUCGGCUUCAGGGAUUGUUGGUGCCCAGCUGCUGCAGCAAGGUCCUGGAAGGCUCCUGCCCCCUUGCUCGCUGACCGAGGAGGAUUUGGCUGCUUGUCCUGGCUUGGCUAACCUCCUUCUGGGCCUGACUAAAUAUAUGGACUCCAGCGGCCUCAGUGUCAACUUGGCGCAGCAAAUGGAGGAGACCCGAAAAGAAUUACAGUUACGCCGAGCAAACUGGCUGAAGUGGGAGGCUUUGUCACGGCUUCUUCAGGAGGCGCUGAGAGACCUGGCAGCCGGUCCUGCUCCACAGGACAGAAAAUUCUUGGAGGUCCUGGAGCAGCAGCUUUUGGUAGCCGAGUUGAAACGAAUCCUGGAUCUCGACCGCUCGUUACAGGGCACCCAGUCCUCUCUCUUGGGUUUACGAUCCUCUCACAUGGCGGAGCUCCUUCCUCCCAACCAAGAGCUGGAGCAAAUGCGAAAGCGCCUCCCUGCGGAACUGGAGAAGCGUCUGAAGUCCAAAUGUUUGGCCGUGCUCAGCUACUACCGUCCUGAGAGCGAUGGUGCCGGGGAGACGACGCGCGCAGCCAUGUUUGGGACCCUGGCAGGGAAUCUGGUCGAAGAGAAGCAGCGUUUGCAGGAGGCCCAGGAUCGUCACGAGGAGCUGGUGGGGCUGCUGGAACAGCAGAAAGUGGCGUAUCCCCAGGUCCUGCUACGCUGCUUAGCCAUCCUAAAACGCUUGGCUCGCGAGUGUCGCCUUGGUAGCCAAUCUCAACUGGACAGUCUCAACACCCAGUACUUGGAGAUGAAGUGCAGUGCCAUGUUUCUCAAGAUACGGCUUGAGGAACUGAGCAUCCUUUUAGAAACAUACACGCCUGAGAAAGUGGACGUGCACCGUAAGAUGAGGGACAGCCUCCAGGCAACGCUAAGCCAAGAAGAGCAAGACCUGGCCACUUCCCAGAAGAUCCUUUCCAACUAUGAAGUGCUUGGCCCUGAGUUCGAGGAACUGGUGAAAGAGUACGCCCGGCUGCAAGCUGUCAUUGAGAACAGACGCUGGGUGCUGACGGAGUUUAGCAAAGACUGAGACAGCUGGGGAGUGCGGUCAUCUCCUGGACUCAGUUAUUAACUGGUUGAAUAUUGACCUGUUUGUGUUCAUUUGUGUUUUUUUAUACAAUAAAGUCUGGGGAGAAAAGGGA